AUGGAUGUGGAUGAGUCCACUGUGUCCCAGGCAUCACUAGAUGAUCUAUACCUAGGGCCGGAUGAUGACAUAGAAUAUGAUUCUCCAUCAUCCAGAUCACCAGAUGUCUUGGCUGCAAUACCCAAUCAAUCACCUCUAGCUCAAGCUGAUCAUCCAGGUUUUCUCAUUGAUCCAGACUUGUACCUUGGGCCUGAAGAUGAUAUCAUUGAUGUGGAUGAGUUGCCAGAUUCUGCCGAUCCUAAGAUUGAUGUUCUGGCUGCAUCAGAAGCAUCUAUGUCAUUGGAUGACACCUCUAACAAACUUCAGUCAGAGCAGCUGGAGCUCACUAACAAAGAUUUACAUUCAAUGGCCUGGGAGUUCCAACCAUUUGGGUCAUAUGAACACACUGGGUAUGGCUUGGGCAGAAACUUCCAACAAACUCAGAAGAGCUGA